AAAACCCCACAGUACACCUCCUCCCCGCCAUGGUGCCGCCGCUACGGGCUGCCCCUCGUCGAUCUACGACCACCGGCGGCUCCGCCUUGUUCUCCUCUUCCACCUCGUCCAAGGAAUCGAUCCGGGAGGCCUUCAAUCUUCGCCAAUUCGCCGUUUCUCACGAGCCGGACGUCGCUUUUCUUCUUCAAUUCCGGCCGCCCUCGACCUCCUCCGGCGCCGGUGACCACACGUCGAGCUCCCAGAUGUCCGACGACGGCCGCCUUCCGACGACCUCCCCCUGGCGGCGCCGCCCCCACCAGGUCCGCGUCGACGAGGCGCGUCGAGCGCCACAAGCCUCGCGUCCUGGGACGCCUCUUUCCGCCCACGCUCGCCCGUGCCAUGUCGCGGUGACCGCGUCUGGAACGCGCGCGGCGUCUCCGUGUCAAACACCUUCAGUGCAAGCGCACAUGGUCGCCAGCGUGGCCGCCAUGUCAUCGCCUGGGCCCCACCAGUCAGCCACUCCGGCUAGGUUCUGCCCGUUUCUGAAGAAGCCCCUGUGUUUUCCUGAAGUUCAACCCGCGGUACCGCUGUCCAGUCAGCACCCCUGGCCCGCCAGUCAGCCACCGUGGCUAGCCUCCUCUCGCAUUUGCUUCUUCCCGGAUAGGAUCGCGAAGUGGUGUGUGAGUUACGCCAAGUCCUCCGGAUGUUCCUCGACAAGCUUUAACAGGUAUGAAGAUAUGUUCGAUGAAGACGACGCUAGCAAGGUUACCCUUCCGGCUUGGCCUGGGCAGGGUUAUGGACGCCACUGGUUAUCUUCAGGACUCUUAGUCCAAUUUGUAUCUUGUCCGUACUCGGACGUAUUCACUCUUUUGUAUGAUUUGGAUCUUUGUAUUGUAUAUUUGUAUCUUGACUCGUUGGAGUCGUUGUUGUAAUAUAUAUAUGCUUCUUGUGGGCUCUAUUGUAAUCCUGUUGUAAUGUUACUGCUCGUGAUUGAUUCCACCCGCAUCGCGUGCAUGCUUCGGCGUGUACGAGGCGCUUGGUGGUGCGUCUCCUAAAAUCGAUAUCGUGCGGAUUUCGGCGGGAUCGCUGGAAUCCUCAUGGUACCGGUUUUGGGGCGUCA